AUGUUUAAGAUAACAACUUUAACCUUACUGGUUGUUAAAAUUGCGUGUAUCAUUUCACAAAACUGUUCUCCCAAGAUUUAUAACAUCAUUAGAAGAGAAAGUUCCCAUUUACCUUCAGAUAAAAUCGUAUCAAGUCAUACUAUUAAAUCUGGGGCUGUCGUGAUAGAAUGUCACAAGUUCUGCAAAAACGAACCGAAAUGUGUUGGAUUCAACUACAGAAUCACGAAAGACGUCCUGAACUGUCAGCUGACCAACAUCACUGGAAAAAGAGAUCACGCGACGUCGAAAGGAGAAUGGAUACUAAUGGAAGAUGUUGAAGCGGCGAAGAAUGAUAAGGAAGAGAGGCGAAAAAAUGUGGAUUCAGCUACCAGCUGCGCCCAGCAUUAUAAUCUGGGGGCGAGGAAAGAUGGUGUUUAUACCAUUCAUCCUGAUGGCCUGGGAUCGUUCCAAGUCUUGUGUAAUAUGAGCAUGGACGGGGGAGGCUGGACCGUGUUUCAAAGAAGACAAGAUGGAAGUCAAAAUUUCUACUUUGGAUGGUCAGACUAUGAAAAAGGCUUUGGUAAUUUGAGUGGCGAGUUCUGGUUGGGCCUUGACAAAAUACAUCGUUUGUCCAAAUCUGCCCAAAAUGUUCUAAGAGUUGAUUUGAUGGAUUUCAAUGGCACUGAACGUUACGCUAAAUAUGGGACGUUUAGUGUGGCUGAUGAAUCAGACAAAUACAGAUUGAAUAUUGGCAAUUAUUCAGGUGACGCAGGUGAUUCCCUUGCUUAUCACAAUCAAAUGCAGUUCACUACCAAGGAUAGCGACAAUGAUGCUCGAAGUUAUGAGAAUUGUGCUACGAGAUUCAAAGGAGCUUGGUGGCACCACAGCUGUUAUUAUUCUAACCUCAAUGGCUUGUACCUGGGUGCAGGUCAGACCAGUAACAGCGGAAUAAGAUGGAAGAGUUGGCACUCUUAUCCCAGGAAAAAGACAGAGAUGAAAAUUCGUCCAAACCAGUUCUAAGAAAAGGACGAGCUUUAGCAGGGACAUCAUAAACAUAUUUACU